AUGGUCGGAACCCAAAGCCUAGCCAAGCAGGGCUUGGAUGAGUGGGAGGAGGUCGCCGACGAUUACUCCGUAGUGUCUCUGUCGUCCGAUGAUGAAGAAGGUAGCGUCUCCCUCACAUCAGCGACGACAGUCCGCAAGUCGCCUUCAACUGCUGCUGAGGUUGGGGGGGCCUCAAGCACCGCUGCUACCCCUUCUAAGAUCGAAGAUACGAGUUCCUCUCGUCCGAGUUCCGCUAAGGAGACAUCCCAUUCAACAGCAACAGGCAACGAUCCCCCUCCAAGGCGCGAACUCCUAGAUUUGCUUGGAACCUCCCUGCUCCCCAGAGAAGCUAUAUCGCCGAUAUGGACCUCAUACCAGAACAAACAGCAGACUCCGACGACACCGAUAAAACCAAGCAACGGCAAGGAAAUCGAAGAGUUGGAUCGAGAUGUCAGCCGCCUGACAAUGGAUAACGAGUACGCCGACGAGGCUGAGUCAUCGAGUAAACAUAUCGGCACCCUUUGUGAAACUCUGGACUUGGACGAUUCCGCGAUGAACCCCACCGUCAUUAGUCAGAAGCUGGAGUCACUUGGGGAAUACAUCCUCGACACAUUCAACCGCACCGGCAAGGAGCUCACUGGCUUUGAAAUGGCGGGGAAUAUCGCCAACAGUUGUCAGGCUCUUCUGGCUAACAUCAAUGAUCUCCGUCCCAUCCUCGCUGAUUACGCAGUCCAAUGGGAUACGGGUGCUGAAAAGGACAUACCACUCGAUCCUAGUCUUACGCUGUGGAUGGAUUCACUGCGCACUGUGAUCUCGAGGCUUCGAAGGAAAGCCAGAGCCUGGCCGCAGCAUUCGGCGGGUGAAGAGGCCAAGAUUCGCGCGAGCUUGGCCAAGUAUGCUGCUGCACUGAACAAGCAAGAUGAGCAGAUGCAGGAGUUUUUGCCCAUCAUACAAGCCGACUUCAACAGCUACCGGACACAGAACAUCCAGUUCCCGAUUGAAACGGCGGAAGACUCCGCCAACAGUCCUGGACGUUCAGGCCGUAUUCCAACUCGUCCCACAGAUCGUUUGUCUCAAGUGCGGGAAGCUCUGUACACCCUCAAGGACCAAGUACAGAAUACGAUCCAUGUCCUCGCAGUCAGCAACCACUUCCUUCCCCACCCUGCAUCGGAAACAGCCGUUAGUGUUGUUCAAUGUCUGAGGUCUACUGUCAACGCCGCGUCCCUCGCCUUGACCAACAACGGCUCGGAAUGGCUGGAGAGCGAUUCGGGUAGAGCCCACAUUGGUUUGCUGUCCCAUGCCGAGUUCAGCAAUCUGGAUCCUGCGAUGCUCCGGGAUUACACGACGCGCCUGAAGCAAAUCUGCAACCUUGUAUCCGACCCUAAUAGUCACCAACGCUGGAGUGAAGAAAUGAUUAGGGAUCAUUACGUGUACAUGUUGGUUGAGCAGGAACAACUCGAUGCUCUCCAUAAUAUCGCCUCUGCACUUGAGGAGAUGUUGCUACCCCAACACAUGAAGACCAAGACCGAAUUUGAUGAUUUCUUGAAGGAGAUGUAA